AUGCAGAAGCAAUCAAAUACUAUAAGCAAUGAUCCCCAGCUUCAAAAGGCAAAUGGGUUUACUGAGGCAGAAACUCUUUUGGACAUUAUGUUGAAAAAAUUUAAUUCAACAGAUAGAGAUGAAGCGGAUCCUUUUUUGUUGCGGGUGGUUAUUGCAGGUAAGAGAACCGAAAAUGCAGCUCGUUCUCUUGGGACAUUAAUGACAGAACUUAUUGAUAGGGCUGUAAGUGAGAGUGAAAAUCCUUUAAGACUAAAAAAUGAGACUACAACAAAGCCAUCAGGUCUUAUUAUUGAUUAUGAAAAUAACUUUAUUGAAAUAAUUGAAGGAUAUGAAAGACAUAUUGUUGGCUUUUUGAAACUAUUGAAGAAACACUGCGAUUUAAAAGAAGAUGCCAGUUGUUCAGAUGUUAGGAUAUUAUUUUUAACAGAUGAUGUUCUCUCACCACUUGCGGUGCCGUUUUCAUGUAUCGACAAAUUACCUGCUUUAACUCCAGAAGCCGAAGUUGGUGAGAAAUCUGAUGAAGAGAUAGCUGAAUUGCUUCUAGAUGACAUAAAUAAUUUGGUAAAGUUGUCAAACUUGGUAGCAAAUGAGUUAACAAACAAACGUAAGAUAUUUUUAGAUAGUGCUAGAGUAUCUCAUCCUAUGCUUUUCCCUCGAACAUCUUCACUCAAAAACUACUUGGAAAAAGAUCUCUUCUUGACACUCUCAGAGUAUGUAGAUCUUUUUGCUAAGGUACCAGAGUUAACUAGAGACGUGGAAUUAAAUCACCCGGUUGAGGAUCCAUUGAAAUACUAA